GAAGCUACCGCCUCAUAACGCCACCCGACUGGGCCGACUUGGCCUGGAAAGUAUGUCCAAACGCUCUCCGAGAAACACCAAAACGACGAUCGGAACAUGGCAUCGGUAGUUGGCCGCAGCAUUCCGAAGAAGCCUCGGCCAGACUGUUUUUUUUCGGGUCAGCCCUGGUAUCAGACUAGCCGACACGCUAUAAUAGACGGCUUCGACCUCCGUCACACGGAGGGCCCCGAAUACCACUGAUUCCUGUAUUUUCCGGCAAAUCAAUCACGGUAUAACUCCCAGGAACGCCGCUUCCCCAAUUCCAGACAAGGCGAAUGGACAACGGAGCUCCACUGCUGUCUCCUAUCGCCGACUUUGCACUCUACUCUGGCCAUUCUGACCCCAAUCCGUCCCACCCGUUGACUCAACAACUGCCCCAUACCCCAGAAAUGCCGAUUACGAAUCCCCAGACCCCGCGGGGUCGACUGGCCCCCUUUUAUCUAACCCUUUCCACUGAUCUGGAGUUUUAACGUGGCCAUAUUCUCGCAUGAUAUCUUCCACUAUGGCUUCACUCGAUCAUGCCACUGGUGCUGAGCAGCCAAAAUACGACUCUGAUUAUAUCGAGGAGAAGAAUAUUGAUGGGAACUACGCCGACCCUACUGCACUAUUGUCUGAGACGCAUAAAUCAUACCUGAUUGAGCGACAUGGCACGUUAGACCUCGAUCCGAUCCCUAGUAUGGAUCCGGCAGACCCAUACAACUGGCCAUCAUGGAAGAAAACUGCCAACCUGAGUCUAGUUGCGUUCCACGCUUGCAUGGGUACAUUUACUGCAGCUGCAAUUAUCUGUGCUUAUGAGGACAUUGCGGAAGAUCUGGGUGUCUCAAUCCAGCGAGUCAGUUAUCUGACAUCCUUGCAAAUUGCAAUUCUGGGAGGCGCUCCGUUGUUUUGGAAGCCUCUCUCCCACCGAUUUGGACGACGCCCUAUCUUCUUGUUGUCGUUGAUCCUGAGCUGCGUUUGUAAUAUCGGCUGUGCGAAGAGUACGGAUUAUGCUUCCAUGGCGGCAUGCAGAGCUCUCGUUUCAUUCUUCAUUUCACCUGCUAUGGCAAUCGGUAGCGGUGUUGUCACAGAGACUUUCUUCAAACAUGAGAGAGCGCGGUAUAUGGGUGUCUGGACUCUGAUGGUCACCUUGGGUGUACCAGUCGGUCCUUUCAUCUUCGGAUUCGUUGUCCAGCGUGUUGGAUACCGCUGGAUCUACUGGAUCCUGGCAAUCACCAACGCAGUCGAGUUAGUUCUGUACAUCUUUUUCGGACCCGAAACCCGCUAUAUCGGAGCCGACAUACACUCGAAAUCCUCCGCAUUCAAGACAGAAUACAUGUCCCUCCGUCGAAUUGACCCGACUCCAAUGAAGAUGAGAGAGUUCUGGCACCCGCUCACAUUAUUCACCAACAUCCCCGUCCUCCUAGCAGCAAUUGCCUACUCCAUGGUCUUCCUCUUCGCCUCAGUUCUUAACUCAGUAGAGGUCCCCCAGCUUCUUCAAAGCAAGUUCGAACUCAAUGCCCAGCAACUCGGCUUACAAUUCCUCGGUUUGAUCAUCGGUUCUCUGCUCGGUGAACAGCUAGGUGGAUUCAUGUCUGAUAUGUGGAUGAAUACUCGUGCUCGAAAGAUUGGCCACAAGCCUGCACCUGAAUUCAGAUUAUGGCUUAGCUACAUUGGCUUCUUGCUGAGCAUUGCUGGUAUGGUUGUGUUCUUGGUUUGCACUGAGCAAGCGACGACCGGCAAAUGGGAUGUUCGGCCUGUCAUUGGAACUGGUGUUGCUGCCUUUGGUAACCAGGUUGUUACUACUGUUCUUACUACAUAUGCGGUCGACACUUAUCCCCAGGAUGCAGGGAGUGUUGGUGUCUUUAUCAACUUCGUUCGCUCGACCUGGGGAUUCAUUGGGCCUUUCUGGUUUACAUCUAUGUUUGAGAGCGUUGGCAUUGCUAAUAGCUCUGGUGUUGUUACCGCUUUGAUCAUGGGUGCUAGCUUCAUUCCAAUGGUGCUGAUGCACUGGCAGGGCAAGAACUGGUACACCAAACGCGUGGAUUGAAAAUCCUGCAAUAUAUUGAUGAUAGAGAGCUGUG